AUGAUGUUUACAAGGGCCGUCAAGUCCUUCAAGAGAUUUUCCUUUGUGUCACCGCAACCACAGUACAGGAGGUCUUUGAGAUGCUGUGGAGACAAACCGUCAAGGCCUCCUGCAGAGCCAUUGGGAAAUGAUAGUAUGGCUCCGAGAACAUCCUCGGCGGAGGCGGUCAGAGCGGGAUGGACCGCCGAUUCCCCCCGAACAAGUCCCUCAGUCCAAACUAGGGUGGCUCGGAGCCAAGUUGCGACAGUUGGUCAACCCAGAAUCCGGACAAAGUCCAAUCGCGGGCUUUUUACUCAACUUAUUGCCUUGCGGGCGUUCUGGGAACCCUUCACCAUCUGCCCCGGCAGCCCCGACUGCCCCUGCAGCUCCGAACCCCGGUAUCAAGGCAGACUUCGUCGUCCGACCAGUCAAUCAGCCACAAUACCCCCACUACCCGUAGAUCCGCCGCUAGUCAAGGCACAUACGCCCAAGACACAUGAAGAAAAACCAGAGAAUAAACCUACAGAAGCGAAAGCCAAUGAAAGCCCUCCCAGCCCAUCCACUACAAGUACCUCUAGUUCUAGCUCAAGUUCUUCUACUACUGAGACAGAAACUGAGAAACAUAAAGAAUUGCCCGAUGAGGCGAAACAUAGUGAGAAACGUAAAGAAUCGUCCGAUGAGGCGAAACAUAGCCAAGUGUCGUUCACUGAAAAGCGUAGCGAAUCGGUCACUAGCAAGAGCAGUAAAAGCAAAGAGAGCGUUCUUAGUAAAAGCAGUGAUAGUAGUAAAAGCAGUAAAAGUCAAUCUUCCCUGGACAAAACUAAAAAAGUAUCGCCGGCUCAAAAAUAAGAGGACGGAUCAUAAUUGAUAAAACCCCCUCACCCCCUUUUAAGCUUUUAUUACCUUCAAAAUUAUGUAGUUUAUUUGACGAAUAUAACUAUUUCAUACU